AUGGGAAAUUGGUCCCCAAAAAGUUGUCAGGCCAAGGAAAAAGUGGCUAUUAUAAUACCGUUCCGGGAUCGCAACGAGCAUUUGAAGUUGUUCCUAGCCAAUUAUCAUCCCAUCUUGCAAAAGCAACAGUUGGACUACACCAUUUUUGUUGUGGAGCAGCACGGUAGAACAACGUUUAAUCGAGGGGCAUUAAUGAACAUCGGAUUUCUGGAAGUUGUGAAAACUGGAAUGCAUAAUUGUUUCAUUUUUCAUGAUGUGGACCUGUUACCGGAACAAGACCAUAACUUAUAUCACUGCGGCAAUCAACCACGACAUUUGAGCGUGGCAGUGGACAAAUUUAACUAUACUUUACCCUACAAACAGAUAAUUGGCGGCGCGUCGGCCUUCACUGUUGAGCAGUUCAUGAAAGUCAACGGCUUCCCGAAUUCUUAUUGGGGAUGGGGCGGAGAGGACGAUGACCUUUCGAAACGCUUGGAAUUGAGUGGCUACCAGCUAAACCGGCCAUCAGCGAAAUCUGCUCGCUAUACUAUGAUCAAACAUCACCACGAUUCCACAAAUCCGCGCAACCGCAUGGCUCCUUUACAGUUAGAGUUGACGCACGAAACGAUGUUCAAAGAUGGACUAAACACGGUAUCUUAUCGCGUUCUCCGCGUUGAAAAGCGUGGGCUAUAUUCUUGGGUACUUGUUGAUGUUGAAGAAAACCGGAUGAAAAAUGCUGCUUUAUAUAAUUUGUUGGACAUUGGCUCGGGAAUAGGUCUUCCAACCGCUAAGCAAACAUGA